AUGGCUGGGUUUACUCUGCUGUUUGCCUUCUAUUUCUGUCUGUUAGCAGGAGCCUCGUUUGUACCAAGAUUUGAGAAUAACGGUGAGGUUAUACAAGAGACUCUAACGCAGCUGGUGAGCGGACCUCUGCGCGAGGACAAUCUGUUCUUCUUGAUGGACUCGAAGGCCGAACGAGUGUGGAGGCCGACCUCUACGUACGUCCUGCAACGUCCUGUGGCGUCCACACUCAGCUCGACACACGAUCGCUUUCUCUCAGAGCCUUACCCGCGCUGGGUUACGUCCGGCUCCGUGGUCACGCCCGUUGUCGUUUUCUUUGAGGAACCGCUCGUUCUUCUCGACGCCCUCGGCGCUGGCCAUGCGUGGGAUCCGACGCAUCUGGUCCUCGUUUGCCUCAGUGCUGAGGCCAACAUGACCAGAAUCCUUGGGCACCCGACCGUCCAGCGAUCUGAGUUCAUCUUUGCCCUUCAGACUGUCCGAAGGAACGGCGCUACGGUCUUCGAGGCUUCCACUAGCUUGCCCAUGAACAAGGACUCUCGCGGAAGAAGUUUGGUCAAGUCUCCCUUCGGCCUCUGGGAUCCGCGGGCCUUCAGCAAGCGUAGGAAUAUAUUCCCGCCGAGGUUCAGCAACUUCGGAGGCCAAGAGCUGGCAUUGGCCACCUGGUGCGACGACACACCCUACCUGUACACCCGGGACGGAGAGUGCACUGGGGCCAACGUCGAGGCCUUCCGCAUGAUCGCCAACAAACUGAAUUUUUCCUUUGACAUCCAGAUGGAGCCCGCCGACCAGAACUGGGGCUCCAUCGAGAACGGAACGUGGACCGGGAUGAUGGCCGACCUGGAGCGCAACGGGAAGCAUAUUGCCAUCAACUACUUUCUCCUGAACAGCGACAGAGCGAGAGACUUCGACUUCACGUACCCUUACCACGUAGAGGGCUUCGCUUUCAUGAUCCAUCUCCCGCCCCCGUUGCCCAACUGGAACCGUGUCCUGUACCCGUUCUCGGCCGGCAUGUGGGGCGCCGUCAUUGCGUCCACGUGCUUGGUGGCGACGUCGCUUGCCUUUCUCCUUUACCGUGUCGACGGUGCUCCGGACGUUUCCAGUACCAUCGUGAAAGUGGGUGCCGGCGUGCUACGACAGAGCGUGGUCGUGCGGUGCUCGCCGGAAUGGGCAAGAGUGUGGCUCUGCUGGUGGUGGCUGGCGGCGAUCAUCAUCUCCACUGCCUACACGGGGAAACUCAUCGCCUUCCUCACCGUCCCCGCAUACCCGAAGAGGCCCGAGACCGUGCAGGAACUUGCUGAUUCGCACAUAAGACUCUGGAUCUGCGACUAUGGCAACUUCGUCCCCAGCGCCCUCAAGUCCUCGUCCCACCCGGCUCUGGCAAGGCUGGCUGAUAAACUGGACAUGGACCCAUAUGACAACGACGACCCUUAUAGCACCGGCUUCGCUCGGCUCAGGAAAGGCACCCACGCUGUCCUCGAAACUUUUUCCUACUUGGGCUAUCUUCAGCUGCAGACUAAUCUCUCUGACAUUUCGUAUAUCAUGAAGUCGCAGGUGCGCGGAGGCGGGGUGCUCCAGCUGGGGCAGUUACAGGGCGCCUUCCUCCUGUGGACCUGCGGGCUGGGCAAGUCAUUAUGUCUCAGGCACAUAGAGGCCACUGGGUCUGAACUUAGUUCUAGCCGUGGGAGCUUAUAUGUGCGCGGAGGCGGGGUGCUCCAGCUGGGGCAGUUACAGGGCGCCUUCCUCCUGUGGACCUGCGGGCUGGGUAUCUCCGCCCUUGUUUUCUUGGCUGAGUUCCUGGCCGACCGAUGCCGCCCACUCUCUACAGGAGAAUGA